AUGGCCGUGCCUAUAUACGAUGAGGAGUUUGCUCAACAAGAGAAAAAAGUCCAAGCGGCGCAGACAGUCACAGUUCGGGAUGAAACUGAAGAUGAGCCUGUGGAGUCGUAUCAGCCCACGAAGUUCCAGAGUAACAUCACUAUCUUGAGCUGUUACAUCGCAAACUUUAGCGAUGGAUUCCAAAAUACUCUUGCAAAUCCAACAAAUGUCAUUUUAAAAGAGCUACUUGGGCCAGACGGUUACUCAUCGGAUAUGAAAACUCGGACCAGUAACUCGUUAAUCAUUGGAGCCAUCCUGGGUGUGGUCGUUCUUGGAUUCACUUCAGACACAUUUUCGCGACGAAGUGGGCUGCUUUUCACUUCCUCCCUUGUAGCAAUUGGCACAUUGAUGGCCACACUUGCUUUACAGGUUCAUCCAUCACAAAAUAUGUUAUGGUAUUUUGUGGUGGUACGAGGCAUCGCUGGAUUUGGAGUGGGAGGUGAGUAUCCCCCGAGCGCUGCUGCAGGUCUUGAGGAAUCAGAUGAUGUUAUGAGUGAAUAUCGCGGGCCACUUUUCGUUUCCUUCACCACAUUGAUGGCUACAGUUGCUGGCCCCAUCCUACAAAUUAUCUAUCUAAUCUGUCUAGUGGCCAGCGGUAACAACCUUACAAUUUCAUUUCACGCCAUAUAUUCAAUUGCAACAAUUCUUCCCGUUAUCAUUAUUGCCCUGCGUUUCUUUAUGGUGGACUCGUCGCUUUUCCAUCAUUCUAAUCUCACAAAUCAGCGCCGAUCUCCACGGCUUUAUUGGCUCCUCGCACGACGCUAUUGGUGGCGGAUAUUCACGACAUCUCUCGCAUUUUUCCUAUACGAUUUCAUCAAUUUCCCGAAUAGCAUCAUGUCCAGCGCAAUAAUCUCUUCCCUUGUCGGGAACAACGAUAUCCGCAAAACGGCAGUUUGGCAAAUUGUGCUCGCUGUUCUGCCUGUGCCCGGUGUCAUGCUAGGUGCUUGGCUCACGAACUCGGUUGGGCGACGCUACACAGGGAUGCUCGGCUUUGCUGGGUACAUGAUUCUUGGUUUUAUCAUCGGUGGAACCUACACCAAACUUUCUCAGCACAUAGCUGCUUUCGUCGUGCUUUACGGACUCCUUCAAGCAUUUGGACAUAUGGGCCCUGGAGCUACAAUUGGACUCAUAUCAUCUGAAGUGUUUCCUACUGCAAUGAGGGGCAUGGGAUACGGGAUUGCGACAGCCUUCGGCAGAACCGGGGCAGCCGUUGGCACGGAAUGCUUCACUCCACUGCAAGAUCGGGCUGGGAACAGCUCAACAUUCUACUUAGCGGGUGGAGUGGCAUUUCUCGGAAUUUUUGUAUAUUAUCUCCUACCAGAGAGCAGUGAGAUUGAUCUUGAAAAGGAAGACAGAUUGCUGGAGGAAUUCCUGACUGAAAAAGGAUACACGAUACAUAAUAGAUAG